CUAAGACCUUCUCAAAAUUUUUGAUGAAUCUUUAUGAAAAUCUAAUUACUUUCUUGAACUCUCUUAGCUUAGACUCCCGAAAAAAGAAUGCUGACUUAAAAAAGGAUGCUGAAUCAUCGAUUAAGCUUCUGGAGCAAAUUAGACAAGACUCUGAUUCAAAAUUGGCACAAGCAUUAAAGCAGGAAGCCCUGUUCUUCCGACCUUUUGUUUGUUCGCUUGAUAGAAAAAUUGAUCGUUGUAUUGUUCCUGCAUUGAAUUCAAUUCAAUUACUAAUAAUCAAUAAUGCUCUACCUUCCUCGGUUCUCCCAGAGCUAUUUCGUGUAUUAGAUGACACUUCAUCUUUGGGACAGGACGUGCAAUUAAGAAUUCUCCAGAUAAUUCCUAUUGUAUGUACAAACUAUGCUGAGUAUAUGCGAAUACCGCUACUAGUUCCUGCACUUCACACCUGCUUUUCUUUACAUAAUAAUAGGAACCCAAUAGUUGCUAAUGCUGCUUCUGCUACACUUCGUCAAGUUGUAAUUUUGGUGUUUGACCAUUUGGAUCAUGAAACCUUGGCACAGAGGGUUGAUAAUGUUCUAUUAUCUGAUUUACUAACUGUUUUCUCUAACCUCUGUGCUCUAAUCCGUUCCGGAAGUUCUGAUUUGCUAAAAGUCAAUGGCAUUUCCGAUACUUUUGGGUUAGAGUUAAUUGAAAGUAUUCUCGUGAAUCACCAUCAUUUAUUUGAACGAUCCGAAUUUCAAGAUUCAGUGCGAAAAGACUUGCUUCCUAUCAUGACCGCUUCUCUCGCCUCCAUGUCUAAUUUUUCCGUAGCUCUUCGUGUUGCCCGUAUUUUAUCCAUUCUUUUUCAGCAUCACACAGCUUCCUUAAGCUUGGAUGUCGAAGUCAUUUUGACCUUUAUAAUAAGCUCCUUGGAAAACUCAGAAGCGCCUUGGAAAAAGGCUCUAUUCCUAGAAGUUUUACGUUGUUUGUUCAAUAAUUCAGAACUCAUAUUUAUUAUGUACUCGUUAUUUGACGGUGUUGAAGGAAGGAAACCGAUAAUCUCUAAAUUAAUAACUUCACUCAAUCGGAUAAUUAACGAGAAACCUUCGAUGAUAGGGGUAGGUUCUCGAGUACUUUUGUCUGAUUUUGCUGACGAUCAUUCUACGGGUUUUUCAUCUACACUCGGAUUUGAAAUGGGUAAAAUAAUUGGCACAUUUACAGGUUCAAAACCAGAGCAAGUAAUAGGUAUUUGUCGUGCUACAAUUUUGAAAACUCCCUGCAUUGAACAAUUUGACAAGCAAGAUCCCCCUAUUGUACCCGCCGCUUACUUGGUUUAUCUAGCUAUGUGCUCUUUGGUAGCUCUUUGCAAAUCUACUGCAGAAUUUGUUAUGGAAUUCAAUGAAAAUACCUCGGACACAGAAAUUUUAGGUUUGCUUUCUUCGCUACAGUCUAUUAAGGAUGAGAACUCAUGUCCAGAUGUAUAUUCGAAAUUGAAAUGCUAUUAUGGCAUAAUUUCCCAGAACUGGACUGCUUUUCUAGUUUCAUAUUCUACUUUUAUGUCCAGUGCGUUAAGUAUGGAGUUAUUGAAGUUUAGUGUCGAUUCUUACGUGAAAUUCAUUUGUGUUUGUACGAUCUUCAGGCUGGAAACGCCUCGAGAUGCUUUGCUGACAACUCUUAGCAAUAAAGCUGUACCUUCAAUAUUGUUAACAGGUAAUACACCAAAUAAUAACUCAAAUCAUGUUUCUAAUAACGGACGUAUGUCCACUUCGACAAUGUUCAGUGUGGAAGGAUUAAAGGAAGCAGCGACGACUAUAGCUGGAAUGGCAACUUACGACAGUCAUGAUGAUAAACAAAAAUCAUUUUCACUAAGAGAAUUGAUAUUUUUGCGAAGUUUGUCUUUGGUUGCUCGUCAAGUCGGCGAACUUUUGGGUAAAGGAUGGAAAAUAUUGCUUGAAACUGUUGACAAAGCGGACAUUAUUUUAAACAGAACUCCUUUAUCGAAACAUUUGUCAACUAGCAGCUUAGGUCGCCUCAACUCCUCACAUUCUGUUGCGCAUGAGGGAAAAGCCAUGUCUGGACUAAUGGAUCAAGAAGUUACAUCAUAUAAAAGUGAACUUUCCGAGCUUAUGUUAGCUACCUCUAAAUAUAAUGAUCAAUCUUAUUUAGAAUUUCUCGAAUCCCUGCUAACAGUUCUCACGUCUUCGUGCAUAGAUCAGACGAAUAAUUUGACCGUACCUGUCCAACCUGAAGAAAGGACUUCUAUAUCGUCUCGAGGUUCUUCAGCUAGACUUUCAGCAAACAAAUCCAUUUCGGGUGGUAUUCGUUUACUUCGGAAAAAUUCGGAAGUCUUCUAUUCAUUCACUAUUUUGGAAGUUACAAGUUCCUGUAACAUAAAUCGCUUGAGCAACGCAAAGAAAGUAAGCGAAGUUUGGCCUCUAAUUUCUUCUUCAUUAAGCAACAUUUUAAAAAAUACAACGGUUCCCCCAGAACUUAGGAUAAGAGCCGCAAAAUGUUUAGCCAAUAUAUUGGUAGAACUCUGUUCGUGCAUUUCGAAUGAAAAAAAUGCAGAGAACAAAACAUUUCAGGAACAAUUCCUGCAAUCGGUAAACUUGUUACAGUCAUCUGUUGAAAUUUCUGAUACUACAUCAAAAAACGUUGAGUAUGAUAUAUCGUCAAUAGGUCUCGAAGCGUUAGCAUUAAUUUUAGAAACGGUAGGACACAAUUUAUUUCAAGGAUGGAUUUAUGUAUUUGAUAUGCUUCGAUUUAGUUGCGCUAAAUGUUCCGAUCUAUUUGGUCAGGACAAGGGUGCAAAAACCGUGAGAUUGGCCUUUUCCUGUUUACAGUUAAUUUGUACAGAUUUUUUGGGAUCACUGGACAUGGACAACUACCUUGAUUUGCUGGAUACCUUGCUUGUAUUUUGUCGACAAGAGAAGGAUGCUAACGUGUCACUCACUGCUGUUGGAUUAUUCUGGAUAGUUUCAGACACGUUAAAAAGCAUGUUCAGUAAGUCUGACUGUUCUUGUACUUAUACUUCGUUGGAAGAAUUAUACUUGUUCACAACUACGAAAAGAAGAGAUAUUUUGCCCGAAGUAUUAUGGAUUAUGCUACUUGUGCAUCUGGCAGAUUUGUGUGAAAAUUCUUGGGCUAGUGUCAGGGACGGCGCUGCUCAAAUACUAUUUCGGAUCUUCAAUUCCCAGUGCUCUAACCUGGGAAUCAAUGCAUGGGCUUCUUGUUGUCAACUCGUUAUUUUAAAAAUUCUUUCAUCACAAACAAAACUCGCAGAGUCAACUUUAAACGGCGAUACUCAUGACGAAGACGCUGAGCAGACUAGUGCUUUAAUAAUUAGCGGUAUAGCUAAUGUAUUUUCAGCAAACAUGGACAUGCUUUUAAAGGUUGAAGGAAUUUUGAAUGUUGUGAAAGAAACUUUCAAAUUUAUGCAAAACUUUCAUAAUGGUAAUUAUAAACGUAUUUGCAUGAGUAAUUUCAAAGCAAUGAGGGAGCUGGCCUUCCAUUCGUCUCAAUUUAAACUAAAGUCAUUGAUCUUCAACGAAUUGGUCGAACUUGAAUUUGAGAAUUGGAUAUCAUUCUGUGUACUUUCUUUUGACGACCCUUUCAUUAGCGGCUUGCCUCAAGAAGGUCUUAAAUUACUGGUUGAGUGUUUAUGCUAUUUAUUGAAAUCAUAUAGGUUUGAAGAAGAGAGACUUUUUUCUGCUUCAAAAAAAAUACGAAACAUUAUAUUUUAUGAAGCAAGUCCAUCAUACGCUUUGGACAUAGACUUCUUAUCUUCAUUACAAGAAGCGACAACCACGUUAUUAGAUUGUUUAAUAGAAGAAUACAACCAGGAAGCAAUAGUCGUGGAUAUUUGGGCUGACAUAUUAAGCUAUGCAUUUAAUGAAGAAAAAUUAUCUCCGAACUCAUUACCGACAUAUAUUUGCUUUUCGAAAAAAAUAUUAGAACGAGUGAAACAAAUCACUGCAGAUAAGAAUUUGUCUAUGCUAAGAAGCGGUGUUUUAUCACACUUUUUCGACUCAUUAUUAGUACCUAUGAAGUUGAAAUAUCGUUGCCCGAAGCCGAGUCGAAUUCAUGAGAAUCAUGCACCUAUUUGGACAACUGCAAGUUCCGUAUUUGUUGAUUUAAUUACAAACUGCUUUUUUGAACUUGAAAGAAAUGAUGCAUUGGAGGAGAAUGAUCAACUGAAGGUGUUGUAUGACUUUAGCGUGGAAGCAAUGCGUUUGAUUGUAUACCCAGAUAUAAACUACGAAUUUGUUUGGAGUCUUGAUAGUACUUAUGAAGAUCAAGAUAUCGUUUGCAUGAAAGCAUUACAUUCUCUUUGGAAGCCAUAUCUGCAUUCAUCUUCAUUGUCAGCUAAAAUUCGAGAAUAUUUUUCUGUGUUUUGUAAAGGAUCCAUUCACUAUCAAAUGCGCGAAACCGAACCUAUGGUGAUAUGUUCCAAUGAUGCCGAGGUACAAAACGAAAUAGGGUAUGCUUACUUUCCUUCAACGGAAACGCCAAUACCGAAUUGCCGUCGGCAGGUGGCAGAGCUUUGCUAUUCGAUUUUGUUGCAAGAAUGUCAGUCAUCCUUUGACCAGGUAAGAGAGGAGGUGUUGCUUAUGUUGCAAAGUCGCAUAUGUUGGUCUUUGAAAAGGUACAUGGCAGAUCGACUUGUGUCUGGUUUGCUUCCGAUGGCGGAUUGUCAACAAGAGGAUAUGGACAAGGUGAUUGAAUGUGUCUCGUCAGAACGUAUCUUGUUUUCAAGCUCUGUUCGGUCCCUUUUGCGACGUGCUUAUAAUACAAUGAAUGCGCAUCCCAUAUCUAGUAGGAUGAACAUAAAGAUGGGUGAAUUAACAUUAGAAAACGAAAACUGGAUUGGAAUUUAAUUGCUUAUUGAAUGAAUGAAAUGCCUAAUGAAAUGUCAUUUUCAUGAACCAUUAGUCCACUUGAUAUGUACCGAUGUAAUAACCAGUAAA